UCCUUGUAAGUCGCCGGGAUUUUUGUUGUAAAAUCCGGGUAAACAAGAUGCCAGCAGUACGUGGCCACCAACGCAGCGAAGAUAACAGACAACGGCAGGAGCAGGAGGAGGAGUAAGUGCAUCCCGGCAGACCAAACCACAUCGAAAUCCGUCCAAUCUGUGCAAAUCAGAGAGCUUCGCCAGCCGGAAAAAAAGUAGAACAGACCAAGCAGUUAACCAAGAAAUCGAUGCCCCACUGCCACACAAUGGUCUAUAUGCGAAUUGUGCUGACAACCUUGGUGACCAUUACGUGUCUGCUGGGGGAUAACUUUGUGGAACUGACCCAGCAUCCGCUGCUGAAGGCCCUCGCGGAUAAUGCCACCCAUGCGGCCAUAGGAGCCCUCACCGGGAUUACUUUUGCCACCCAGUUUUAUGAGCGCACCUCGCAGUUGUUCGGCUGGAUAUUGAUUUUCACCUGCUUCGUUGUGUCAUCGUUCAUUGACUUGGACCACUUUGUGGAGGCGCGUUCGCUGUACUUGGAGGACGCCACCAACCUCUCGAAGCGACCCUUCCUUCACUGUUCCAGUAUUAUAGUAGUACUACUGCUGUUCUACAUCUGCACCGCUUGUUUAAACUACUUCCGGACCAGCUUGAUGCUGGGUUCUUUACUUUGUGCCUUCAUCACCCAUCACACGAGGGAUGCCGUGAGGCGGGGCUACUGGUUGUGCCCACUGGGACACACGGAUAGGAUGCCCCAGGUGGCCUACAUACUGACCACCAUCCUAACGCCCCAUCUUCUAGGCUGCCUUCACAAUAUUUGCCGCAGUGCCACAGUUCUGAACUUCCUGGGUCAAUACAUCAAGCUGAGCGAGGGUCAAUAUCGCAGUAGUUCCACUAACAACUAUCGCUAUAUGCAGGUCUAGGCUAUAGAAUAUCUUGCAAACUUUGUGAUAAAUACUGCGUAACAUCAUCAAAUGGUAAAUGCAAAAUGCUUUUCAAGCUUCAAGCGCUUUAAGAUUAGUCAACAGAUCAGCUAGAAACCAAAAUACUUCCACACACAAAAAACAGGACACAAUUUUACUACUAGGAGUACCUUUUUUUUGUAAGGGAACUAUGCUUCCCAUUUGAUUUUUCUCUGUUAAGUAGCGUGUAGGUUUUUAUCUAGCAUCUAAAUAUAUAGUACAGAUAAUAUCCGGAUAUUUGUGAUAUGUAGUCCUUAGACAAACUAGAAAUUAGAGUAACGAGCAUAGCGCACAAUGAUAUGUAAUCGAUUUUCAACUUCAACCUUGACUCUACGAAUUUUAAGCUAAUCGAAAGAAGAAUAAACUCAAUGUAAUUGCCUUAAAAAA